AUGUCGUCCUAUCAGAGCAUCAGCAGGUUUGCGCAGCGCGCCGCUGUCCGCACAUACACAAGCAGCGCCCGCGCUCAACAUGUCCAUCUCCGCCAGCCACUCUCGCGCUUCGCCGGACACCGCCCUUCGACCAUAGACACCGCCAUGUCCACGCACCUCACCGCUUCGGCACGAGGAAGCCGUCUCAUGCACGUCCGCGCCAUCUCGUUCAACUCGGUCCCCAAAGCUGCCUUCCGAGCCGUUCGGCUUCCCGCAUACGGCAUCGCAGCAGGUGGAGGCGCGCUCGCGUACGCCAACUACAAGGUGGACGAAUUCAAGGACAUGCUCGGCCGUGGGUACGGUCGUCUCUCGGAACGUGCCAAGGAGGCAUACGGCAGCAUGUCCGAAUUCGGUGCUGAUGCAAUGGACAGCGCGAGAGAUGGCUGGGAGGCGCUCUCGGAGCAGAUCGAUGGCAUCGAACUGCCCAAGUUGCAGACUCCCGAGUUUCUUCGCAACCUGUUUGCAGGCAUGAAGACCGACAAGGCAGAUGCAGACGGCGCCGAUGCUGAUCCUUCAAGGGCAGGCAGUAGCGGCGGCGGCGGAGGAGGACCGGAUCCGAACGGUGCACCUCAUCUGGCGGGCGCAGCUGCAGUGGCUGCCUCGUCACUCUUUGGCGAUGACGACACGACCGAUACAGCAGACGGAACCUCCAAGGGCAGCACGGAAGAACUCAUGCUUCUCACACGAAAGCUCAUCGAGGUGCGCAACAUCCUCAAAGAAAUCGACCACGAGUCGGACCAGCUCACUCUUCCCUCGAUCGUGGUGAUUGGCUCGCAAAGCAGCGGCAAGAGUUCGGUCCUCGAAGCCAUCGUGGGCCACGAGUUCCUGCCCAAAGGCAACAAUAUGGUCACACGUCGUCCCAUCGAGCUCACCCUCAUCCACACGCCCGCCCGACCCGGUCGUCCGACCAAGGACACUGUUGUCGAGUACGCCGAGUUCCCCGGCCUCGGUCUUGGCCGCAUCACGGACUUUUCUCACGUCCAAAAGACCCUCUACGAUCUCAACAUGGCGGUGCCCGCCACCGAGUGCGUGAGCGACGAGCCCAUCGAGCUGCGCAUCCACAGCCCGCACGUGCCCGACUUGACCCUCAUCGACCUCCCCGGCUACGUGCAGAUCGCGUCCAUGGACCAGCCCGACGAGUUGCGCGAAAAAAUCACCAAGCUCUGCCACAAGUACAUCCAGGAGCCGAACAUCAUCCUCGCGGUGUGCGCGGCUGAUGUGGAUCUCGCCAACUCACCGGCGCUGCGGGCCAGUCGGCAGGUGGAUCCGCUCGGACUGAGGACAAUCGGAGUGGUGACCAAGAUGGAUCUGGUUCCGCCCGAGGUGGGUGCCGGGAUCCUGUCGAACAACAAGUACCCGCUAGCAUUAGGAUAUGUCGGAGUGGUGUGCAAGAACAACCUCGGCGUGUUCCAGAGCAGCAAGGGCCACGACAGCGCGGGACAGGGCCGAAUGUCGAGCCUAGUGGCCAAGCAGGAGUCGGACUACUUCAACGCCAAUCGGGAGCACUUCAAGGCCCCCGCACGAGGCAGGAAUGCCGGGGUGCAGCCCAUGACGGGCACCGACACGCUGCGACGCCGACUGAUGAGCGUGCUGGAAGAGUCGAUGGGCUCGUCGCUGCAUGGCAUCGCCAACGCCGUCCAGCUCGAGCUCGAAGAAGCAUCGUACCAGUUCAAGGUCCAGUACAACGACCGGAGCAUCACAGCCGAAUCCUACGUCGCCGAGACGAUGGAUGCGCUCAAGCUUCGCUUCAAGGAAUUCGCGUCCAACUUUGGCAAGCCCGAGGUGCGGGCGCUGCUGAAGCAAGCGCUGGACGAGAAGGUGAUGGACAUCUUGGCGCAGAUGUACUGGUCGGAUGCACGAACUCCCGAGCUGUCGCAGCUGGCCGAUGCACGAAAGGUGAGCGCCGAGGAGCUGGACAAGUACUGGGCGUACAAGCUGGACGCCUCUUCUUCUGCACUCACCAAGUCCGGGAUAGGAAGGUUGUCGACCCAAUUGGUAGUCGACUCGAUCCGAACGCAGAUCGAGCAUCUUGCGCAGAGCGAGCCGUUCAACCACCACCCAGACGCCGCCGAACGCAUCGUCGCCUUCAGCACCGCCAUCCUGCGUGACCGGUUCGGGUUGACAGCCGACCAGGUCGAGAACUGCGUCAAGCCGUUCAAGUACGAAGUGGAAGUCGAGCCGAACGAGUGGGAGGCGGGGCGGGUGCGAUCUGUCCAGCUGGUCGAGCGCGAACUGUCCAUGUGCGAGGGCGCAUUCAACGGUAUCAAGAAGAUGCUCGGUGGACGACGCUUGAAGGGUGCGAUGGAGUACGUUACGCAUUUGGAAGAGCGGGAGCGUAAACGGGUGCAGGCGCGAAUUCGCGCUCGGGAAGCCUCAGCUACAUCCGACCUCGACGAGGACGAUAGCAACGACCCGACGCGCCCGGACUACAACUCUGCAUUGCUCAUCAAGGCCCGCGAAGCGCUGUUCCUCACCGAACGCAGUAAGAUGCUCCGCACCCGCCUCUCGACCUUGCAGAGCAAACGCUGUCGCUCCGGACCGGGCGCAAAAGCUUUCUGCCCCGAAACAUUUUUGAAUGUGGUCGCCGACAAACUCACCUACACCGCGGUGAUGUUUAUCAACAUUGAGCUGCUCAGCGAGUUCUUCUACCAGUUUCCACGGGAGAUCGAUGCCAAGCUGGUGUACGAAGCGGACAAAGCGGAGCUGGGCCGGUUUGCUAGGGAAAACCCGAGCGUAAGAAGGCAUUUGGAGUUGCAGGAGAGGAAGGAGAAGUUGGAGCUUGUCAUGGGCAAAUUGGGCGACCUGGUCAAGGUGUAUCAGGAGAAGAAUGGCGGUGGUGCUGGCGCAAGAGGUGGGAGUAGGUGGAGCUUCUUUUAG